AUGUUUGGAGCAUCAUUACGGACGGCGUUCAGAACGCCUGCUGUGAGAAGCACUGUCGCUUUUAGAACAUUCAUCACUCUCUCCCGUCCAAUCACCGCCCAGAUCUCCUCCCCUCUAUCCCGCCCUUCCGCAAUCCUCUCACCUUUCGCUCGUCCUGCGAUCCCUACCGUUUCAUCACUCCUUUCCGCACCAGCGCCGGUCGCAGUACGAACAAACACCCGUGGUAACGAAUAUCAGCCAUCGCAGAGGAAGAGGAAGAGGAAGCAUGGGUUUUUGGCGAAGCUUGCUACGCCGGGUGGAAGAAAGGUGUUGAAGAGGAGACGGGCUAAGGGAAGGAAGUUUUUGUCGCAUUAA